GAUCAAUCUUCAUCAGGCUACAUUUCCAAUCACCUAAACAACCGAGCAAGACAAGCCACUCCGACAAGGUUGGCUGCCCGGCGGGGCUCUGUGGGGGCUCAAGGUAGAUGGUGAGCGGCUCUGGCAGCUGAGGGCAGGCCAGGCCCCCAGAGGCAACAGAACUUGAAGGACCGCGCGGUGGGAGCCCUGCACCGCUCCUGGCCCCAGGCCCCCUGGAUCCGUCGGGGCGCCUCCACCCAGCUGUUAGCAUGAUGUCUUACCUCAAACAACCCCCAUACGGCAUGAACGGGCUGGGCCUGGCCGGGCCCGCCAUGGACCUCCUGCACCCCUCCGUGGGCUAUCCGGCUACCCCGCGGAAGCAGCGGCGGGAGCGCACCACCUUCACGCGCUCGCAGCUGGACGUGCUGGAGGCGCUCUUUGCCAAGACUCGCUACCCUGACAUCUUUAUGCGCGAGGAGGUGGCGCUUAAGAUCAACCUGCCAGAGUCCAGAGUCCAGGUCUGGUUCAAGAAUCGCCGGGCCAAAUGCCGCCAACAGCAGCAGAGCGGGAGCGGAACCAAGAGCCGCCCGGCCAAGAAGAAGUCGUCUCCCGUGCGGGAGAGCUCGGGCUCCGAAAGCAGCGGCCAAUUCACGCCGCCAGCUGUGUCCAGCUCCGCCUCGUCCUCUAGCUCGGUGUCCAGCUCCUCAGCCAAUCCAGCGGCUGCGGCCGCUGCAGGCCUAGGCGGGAACCCGGCGGUGGCAGCCGCGUCGUCUCUGAGUACACCGGCUGCCUCAUCCAUCUGGAGCCCUGCCUCCAUCUCGCCAGGCUCCGCGCCCGCUUCGGUGUCAGUACCCGAGCCACUGGCCGCCCCGAGCAACGCCUCGUGUAUGCAGCGCUCGGUAGCUGCAGGCGCCGCCACAGCGGCAGCCUCCUACCCCAUGUCCUACGGCCAGGGUGGCAGCUAUGGCCAGGGCUACCCCACGCCCUCCUCUUCCUACUUUGGCGGAGUGGACUGCAGUUCAUACCUAGCGCCCAUGCACUCGCAUCACCACCCGCACCAGCUCAGUCCUAUGGCACCCUCCUCCAUGGCAGGCCACCAUCACCACCACCCCCACGCGCACCACCCGUUGAGCCAGUCCUCAGGCCACCACCACCACCAUCACCACCACCACCACCAAGGCUACGGUGGCUCGGGGCUUGCGUUCAAUUCUGCCGACUGCUUGGAUUACAAGGAGCCGGGCGCAGCCACUGCUUCCUCCGCCUGGAAACUCAACUUCAACUCCCCCGACUGUCUGGACUAUAAGGACCAAGCCUCAUGGCGGUUCCAGGUUUUGUGAGCCCAGGAGUGAAAGAGAAGAAACUCAACUACCUGCGCCCUCUCUGGUCCCCAUCCUGUUGCUGCUGCUGCACCGCCCGCCUUUGCCUCGGCUUCUCCAAAACUGAAUUUUCACACCCCCAAAAGAUGCCCAUUACCUGCACUGCCGCCCCCAUUUUUGUGCCACUUGCUUGGGGGAAUGUGCAAACCCUCCUACUCCUUGGAUGGGGGUCCCGGUGCUUUGGCUUGGCCCACACAUUCUAUACAGGAGAGCUGUGUGUUCUUCUCCCAAACCCCACCAAACUUCUAAGUCACCCCGGUCUUUCAGGACAGCUAUUAUGCACUUGCAGCCUUCGGAGGCUCUUUGCUCUGACCCGCUGUUUGAGCCCAACACUUUUAUUUAUUCUUUCUGGACACUGGAGUCACUAACUGACGCGUUUCUGCCUAUUGGAGUGCAGCCCCACACAACUCCAAAUCAAAACAACCACUAAGUGUUUGUCCCGCACGGACUGCCGCCCCUUCAGCUGCCCUCGAUCCCGCUCCACGCUUGCAGGCCAGAGUUUCCCGGCGUUCUUUCAUCCCCAGAGGAGUGCGCUGGGGCGGGGUCCGCAGGAGGAUCGCGCCCCCAGCCUCCCGCGCACAGAGUCGCGUCCUGUCCUACCCUGCGCUGGACUGGUUCAAGCUUCCGCCUCGGCGGGAAUGCUGUACAUAGUCAGGUCCGUUCGAAGGACCUCUUAAACUUUUUAGUUGCUGUUGGUUGAACUGAACAUAUCUCGUCUUAGCUCCCAGGAAACAGAACUUUAAGAUAUAUACAGCACAUAUAUAUAUAUACACAUAUAUAUAAAACAAAAGCAAAAAAUAUUUCCCCUUUGUUCCCCUUCCUCUCUUCCUCAAACGAUGGCGCUUUUUCUUUUUCAGUUGUUGCAAAGCUGUCCUGCCCUCUUCACAUCGCCCUCUGUGUAUUUAUUAAAGAGAACCGCUUCAUUCCAGGAAGCUGGGCGCGGAGGACCAGGAGUGUGGAGGAAACCGCCAAGUCAGGGUGCAGAGGUGGGGUUAGGCUGGACAGGGGCGCAGGACUGAGCCCCUCACCCCGUCUAAGCAGAGGGUCACAGUUCCGGUUUAGAGACCAAAAAACAAAACAAAACAAAACAAACCCCCAAAAACAAAAAACGGUUCAAAAUACAGCAUUACGGAAAAACAAACCCAGGCCCAAAACCUCAGUUCCAAUUCCUCUGUCGACUUUUCUCUCUUUAAACAUCCUUGUUUUGUCUAGUGAGUUUUUAGUGCACCUUCAUUCUCCGAAAUCUGCGGAGAGCCCGCGCGCCUGUGUAUCAAUUUUGGCUUUGGCCGCUUCGUCCAGUAGGUGGGAAAGUAAUUUGUAAAUUUGAUUUGUCUGAUGUGAAGAUCACAAAUUACUUGUUGAAAUGUAUGGCAGUCCCCCUCCUCCUCUUUAUCUACAUUAUUUCCCGAAAAUAAAUGCAAAUUAAUGAA